CUCCCGGCAUGCCUUGCGCUGUGACGUACGACGAUAACAAAAUAAAGCCAACAUGGCGGCCACCGCGGACAAAGACGAAGACCGUGGAAGUUCAAGUUCCAGCGGCAGUGGCAGCCGAUCUAGCUGGUAUAUGGUCCAGGACUCUUCUUCAGCUGUUAUUGAUAUCAACGACUCUGAUGACUUUCCUUCAGAAGCCAAUGGAGCUGAAAGCCCUUCUGGUGGUAGCCCGAGAAGACAGGGUUUAUCUGAGAAGGAGUUCAUGGAGAGAAUCCAGGAGCGGAUGGCCCAAGAAGUCAGUGGUUAUGUUUGGCAAGCUGGCAAGCAGUCUGCCAAACGAGCAUUUGACUUGUAUGCCAAUAUUGACAUUUUGAGACCAUACUUUGAUGUUGAACCUACUGAGGUCCGGAGCAGGCUUUUCCACUCACUUAUACCACAGCUUCCAUCUACAGCUUCACCUCAGACAGUUGUUGGUGAGUUGUAUGGUCCAAUGAUGCUGGUAUUCACACUCAUCGCUGUGUUGCUCUUUGGAAUGAAAACAUCUGGACAUACAGUGCAAGAAGGGACACUAAUGGGUACAGCGUUCGGUCUAUGUUUUGGUUAUUGGCUUGGUGGCUCUGCAUUCUGUUACUGUGUUGCAUACUUCUGCAACACACACCUGACAUUUCUCCAGAUAUGCUCGCUGACAGGGUAUGCAAUGUUUGGCCAAGUGGUGUGCCUGUUCUUCACAACAGUUGGAUACCAUCACUCCCAUUCAUUUUUUUACAUGCUGUGGUUAAUUUUUGGUGGUUUGUCUGCACUGAAGCUGGUUAGUGUGUAUACCAGUAGAACAUGGAAUCGUCGCCAGGGAUUGAUUGCUGGAUGCAUAGUAGCAUCACUGCAUUUGCUCUUCCUUCUCUACCUUCACUUUGCCUUCCAUGGGGUGUAUGAGGAUACUGUAGAUCACCAUCAGGUUUUAGCCAGGCAUAACAGAGAGACAAUAUUAACCACCAUGGACCAGCUACUUCCGACAGCUGAAUCUUUUGCCAGAACAUUCCAGAAACUACCAUUAAAAUUGGAUCCAGCACGAUCUCUCCGAGUUGCAAGGAGUAUCAACUCAACAUUGAUAGUCACUCAGGCAUUUGCAAUGUGAGCAAUACAGAAGUCACAAAGAUAUGAUUAUUUGAGGCUAUAGACAACCUAGAUGGUUUGCUUGGGUGUGAUCGAAAGAAGGAAAAAUCAACACAUUGCAACAAUUUUUAACCCUUUAUAUUAGCAAAGAAUGAAGAAAGACAUUUAGCUCUUUAUUCAGAGUAAAAAAAAACUCUUCGAACCAGUGCCGAUUUAUUCACCUGCAUUCUAAUUUUCAGUGGUGGGGGGUAGAGAAGGGGAAAGGGAUUUGAAAACUGUUUAGUUAGGUCUAUAGAUAGCAGCCUUGUUGUUAGCCCAAUUUAGUUACUUGUAGCUAACAGUAUGAAAAUAGGAGCUAUUGGUGUUAUGGCUCGGUCCACAAAUAUAUUUUAUUUUAAAAUCAUAGAAAAAAGUAAGACAUUAGAACUAAAGAACAAUAGACUGUCUUGUGUUUCUAGCUAUGUGGUUUUAUGUACUUAAUAAUAUUCGGAUUUUAAGUAGUUUGUUUCGCUAAUUCUGAUUUAUUUUAUUGUUACGAAAACCAUAGGAGCUUCAGAAAGAUCUGAGUAAUUGCUAGAAAUUUGUGUAUAUGGGGGGCUUUCCUGGAUUUCAUUGAAUUGUAUGUCUUAAAUGGAUUCAAACAAUACGGUUACAAAUAAAGCAGAUAAAUUAC